CCCACACAUGGUUGCAAAAGUGGCGCAGCGCCCUCUGCUGAUGUGUUCUAUUACCUUUCUUGUUUCUUCCCUGUUCAUGUCUCUCUUUUGAAUAACAGAGCAUGUAGAAAAUGCACUUGGUGAUAUUUGCGGCUUCGUGAGGUAUCGGGUUGUCACCGGCGAGGCGCUGCGUAAAAUGCCCAUCAGACAAAGACGCGUCGCUAUCUAGAUCUAUUUCAGCAGAGCUACCAUGACGAUCCGACGGGCAGACGUCCACAGAGAUGGCCCGAGGACGCAGAAUAAAAGCCGGCAGGACUCCGCGCGCGCUCUGCCGCAGUGGAUGCGCAUGUAUUUCUAUGGCAUGCACGGGAUCACCUUGGACAUCAUACUGUCGUCCGUACUCAGGUUUCUGGAUGAGAAUGACUUGAAACUGUUGGGAUUCUCCUCGCCGUAUCUGUGCGUCGUCCACUCCAUCACGCAUCUGCUUUUGGAGAAGAUCUACCUCCAGAAGAGAUCCUUCCGCGGGAGACCCUUCGUUUUCCAUCUCGUCUUCUAUCCGUCGCUGUACAUCUGCUUGCAGAUUUUAAUCGGGAACUUGGUGACCAGGACGGACAAUUUGCGGGUGGUGUCAGUCACCCAGCUCGUUGUGCAUUACAUCUUUGCUUUGUAUUUUACGAAUAUCUUUCAUAAAGGAUUCAUGCGCCUGAAGUAUGAUAACAACCGGGUGCUAGUGCGCCGGUGCCCGAACGGGUUACCGGGCGUCCUGCGCUUUGCGUUUUUCGGCAUGCACGGAUUUCUGGACGAGGUGCUCUUCACGUCUGUGUUUAACUUGUUCGAGAAACCAGAGCGGAGCCUGAGGGGACACACAUCCUUGUGGUCCUUCCUCAUGUAUGGAAGCUGCAGCUUCGUGGUGGAGAAGCUCUACCUCCAUUUGCACUUCGUACGCGGCUGGGGGACCUGGCGGAGGCUGCCCAUCUACAUCAGCUUCAUUUACGCGUGGGAGUUCAGCUGGGGCUUUGCGCUCCGACAGUACGAUGCAUGCUCGUGGGACUACUCACAUUAUCCUCUCAACUUCAUGGGCCUGGUGACAUUGCUCUAUCUGCCUGGGUGGGUUUGUUUGAGUUUGUAUCAGGACAUCUUGUCAAACAUUCUGUUGAGGGUUGUGUGCAAUGAUAAAGAUGAGGAAGAUAUGACAGGCAGUGGUGCCAAUGGACAGCUGGUGUCAAAAGACAAGCUUGAGUCAGACAGAAUGUGCCUGUCAUAACAGACUCAGCAAACAGACCGUUUUAAUUCAGUUAGGGCAUUAGAAAGAAUUUCAGAGACAUGGCGGAUCAGGCCUUUCAUAUUCAAGUCACUGUGAAUGUAACUAUUGCGACCAAAAGCUCCCCAAAAAUGCUUCCUGCGGAUAUAAAUCUUUAUUCGGCCAAAUCAUAUGACUUUAGUUCUAAACAUUUAAAUGUUGUUUUGGCCAAACCACCAAACAUUUUGUGAGCGGAACGGCCAGGGAUGUCUUUUUUAAGGAUUUUAGAGUUUUAAAGAUGUUUAAAUAACCAUGGCUUGUUGACACAUGAAUGACUUUUAUCUUGAAUCACAAAAUCAUUCUUCAAAAAAUCAUUCAUUUUAAACACAACCUUAUACGGUAGUUUAUGAAAUGUAGCAGUUGUGUCAACUUUCCCCGUGUCCAAAGCCCCGGUCUCCCGAGCUUUUGUGAAAUCUCAAAUAAUAUUGUGAGGCCAAAUGAUACCAUUUUUAAAUCACACCACAUGGAAAAUACAGAAGUAUACCGUAGUAUUUACUAUAGUAAACUGUAGUAUGUUAGUACACUUUGUUAAUGUAUACUAUAGUGUAUUACCUAUUGAUUAACUGCAGUAAAUCCUGUAGUAUUUUAUCUUUUUACUAUGUUAAGCACUAUAGUAAGUAGGGGAUACUGUAGAAAAAUACUACAUUAUAUUACAGUGUUUUGUCACGUGGGGUAUUCGAAAUGUAGUCAUACUGGCCAAACCAUCAAACAUUUGAUAUGACAGUCAAGUCCAGGGAUGUGCGUUUUAAGAUCCAAACACUGCCAUGUUUGUUCUCAGAGAGAUUAACAUUUAAAAAAUGAAACGGCUGGUUCUCAGGAGAAUAUCAGUACCAGCAUCAAACCCCUCAGAGAAACAACCUUACCUGUGUCAGCAGUUUUACCAUCUGCUUUUAAAUCUAAUGAUGUGCAGUUUGGAGAACUAUCAUGAUAACCGCAGACAGACUGAAGUGUUGUGUCACACAGACAAAAACCUGCGCUAUAUCACUGCUGGGCAUCAGGCGUCUGGAUUGUGGUUGUAUUGCAUGUGUUGUAACUGCAUGCAUCAGGAUUUUGCAUGAUGAGACAGUGAUCUGUAUCCACUGAGAGAGAUGUGAUUCCAAGCAUUCAUGAGAGCUUUCAUACGAAGGAACCAACCGAGUGCCUUUAUUUACCCUUUAAAGCAGCUGGACUUCUGUAAUCUAAAACUGAAGUUUCGCACCUGUAUGAAAACAAGUUCAGACAUAACUCUCUUGAUCCAAACAAGCCUCAGUAUAUAGCCUUUAAUUCAUAUUUACAAAGAAGUCAAGUUUGAUAUUUACUAUUUAGCAGCUAAAGUUUAUUGGAGAUCAACAAUAGAUUUUGUCUUGCUUAACAUGUUGAGACUUUUAAAUAAGGUCUGUGUUUAUCAAACGUAUGAGCACCGCAUACUGUGAACAAUAACUGUGAAUUUUGACUAAAUGAAAAUACAGUACUGUAAGUCUUCUGUUUCUCAUACUCUGUGUUUGGCUCUUGUAGAGGAUUAUUCACUUUCCAAAGAUUUCCAAGUUCUUUUUUUAAAAGAGAAACUGCCAAAGCUUCCUCUAGUGUAGUAAAGAGCUUUCCUGUAGCUCAGUGGUAAGAGCAUUGUGUUAACAACUCAAGGUCGUGGGUUCGGUCCAAGGGGAUUUCACAUACUUAGAAACAAGUGUAUAGGACAAUGCAAUGUAAGUCGCUUUGGAUAGAAGCGUCUGUCAAAUGCGUAAAUGUAAAUCUUAAGCCUCAAAACCGAGAAUUUAUACUUUUGGCAUGUAAACAGUUUUUUUUGAAUAUUUCUUGCAUGUCACUGGUUGAUGUUAAGACACUCGUCAGCUAUAGAUGUGUCUGCGCUAAUCCACUUUUUCUCACCCUCCUAUUUUAAGAGAAAAAACGUUUGAUGUAUAGGAAUGGGUUGAUCCUCUUAAAACCAUUUCUUGUCAAGUGAUUAGUGCUACAAAUAGAUUUCAUGUUUGCUGAUUUUUUUAACAAUAUAUAUUUCAUUUGUGCUCCUUUAAUUUAGACACAUUUCAAACUUCUAUCACAAUGACUUGUGCAUCACGAUGAUUUUGUUUGUCUCAUUCAUUUUUAAAGAUUAAAAAACACGACUGUUCACCUCGUCUGAAUUUCUUCGAUGUUAUUUUUACAGUAUUUAUAUUAGGCCUGAAACUGUCUUCACAUGUACACACAUGCAAACUCAUUGCUCUUGCUAUUUAAUACAUAUUCUUGUGUGUUACUGUGAUAAACCUCUGUUAUGGAUUGAAAUAUAUUUAGAUAGUUAGCCAUACAUUUUUAUUAGUUUCUAGAUGUUUCAGGAUUUAAAGGGACAGUUACUAAAAUUAGUUACAAAAAUAAUUUGUCAUCAUUCAUUCCCCCUCACGUGGUUGUGAACUUGUAUGUGACUCUUUCUUUAGAAGAAGAUAUUUUGAGAAAUGUCCCUGUGGUUGUGUGUUCAUACAAUGGGAGUCCAUGGUGUUCAGUGUUGUUUGAUUAUCAAAAUUCCCUUUAAAUAUCAAACAUGAGGACUGAACUCUGAUAUCUAAAGUAACACGUUCGGAGUUCUGCUAACAUUGUUGUGUGGACUAUUAUAUAUUUUAGGUGUUUUUUAGGGAUGGAAUGUUGUCAUGGCGACAGCGUACUCCAUUCUUAGGUCAUGACAAAAGAGAUUUGGUUGUUACUGAAGGGACUGUGAUUUCCAUUUCAGAUGUUACGAAACAAAACAUCCAACAUCUCUUUGCACAGACGUCCCGUGUGAUUUCUUUCCUCCCUUCAGACUGUGUAGACGUCAC